CUCUUGCCUUGAUAGCCCAAGCUUCCUGGCCUCUGGUUAUCUGAAUCAGCCACCACGAUGAGCGACUUGGACGAGAGAUGCGCCUCUCUGCGAGCGCAAAUCACAGCCACUGAGGCACAGCUUACAGGACUCAAGCGGGAACUCGCCAGCGCUCAAGAAGCUGCCGCGGCGAAGUCGAACAGUGCGGAGCUCUCGGACAACCAGCAAGUUCAGUCAAAGAGUGCGUCUCGUUGGCCUUUGCUGCAAGAGGAAUAUAAGCGAUAUGGCAGACAGAUGAUUGUUUCACAAGUCGGGCUGGAAGGUCAAUUGAAGCUGCGUGCAGCCAAGGUUCUUCUAGUCGGGGCCGGCGGUCUUGGAUGUCCUGCGGCACAGUAUCUUGCUGGUGCGGGUGUGGGUACACUGGGUCUGAUCGACGGAGACACGGUCGAGGUUUCGAAUUUACAUCGUCAGGUUCUGCACCGCAGCCACAAUGUGGGGAAAUACAAGGUGGACAGCGCCAUUGAGUCAUUGCGAGAACUGAAUCCUCAUCCCACCUACAUUGCCCACCGAACGCACCUCACACCCAGUGAGGCGCCUCGCAUCUUUGCUCAAUAUGAUUUUAUUCUCGAUUGCACAGACAAUCCUGCAACACGGUACCUGAUCUCGGACACUGCAGUGCUCUUGGGGAAACCCUUGGUAUCUGCAUCUGCCCUACGCACCGAUGGACAGCUGAUGGUAUUGAACAAUCCUCCCCGGCCACCUGGAGAUAAACAAGGAGGGCCUUGUUACCGCUGUGUUUUCCCGAAGCCCCCUCCGGCCGACAGUGUGGUGAGCUGUGCGGAUGGAGGCAUUCUGGGGCCCGUAGUUGGGACCAUGGGCGUUUUGCAGGCCCUGGAAGCGAUCAAGGUUAUCACUGCCGGGGCUGGUAAUGGAGAAGCACAGAACACCGGAACGGGUGCGCAACAAUCUCCACUGCUCCACAUGUUCUCGGCAUACUCCAAUCCCUUGUUCCGUACGAUCCGCAUUCGUUCUCGCCGGACCAAUUGCGCAGUUUGCUCUGCGGAAGCCACGGUCACUUUGGAUACCAUCACCUCUGGGUCGACCGACUACGUCUUCUUCUGUGGCUCGGCUCUUCCGCCGUCGCUUCUCGCUCCCGAUGAACGCAUAUCUGCGCGAGAAUACAAUGAAAAGUACCCCGGUUCUGAUCACGGAUCCCAAGGCUCCUCUGCCUCUCCAAGCCAUACCAUGAUCGACGUGCGAGACAAGGUCCAAUUUGGGAUUUGCAGUCUGGGAGAUAGUAUAAACAUUCCCAUCUCUAACAUUCUGGCCUCGACAUCAACGGGGAAACCCCCUCAUGGGUUCCUGCCGGGCUGGCUGCCUCCGAGUCCAAUGAUCCGAUCUACGUUGUCUGUCGACUGGGCAAUGACUCCCAACUUGCGGUCCAGAGACUGAAGGAACUGGGGCUGGACCGUGGCGGGCAACGCUACAUUGGCGACAUCCGAGGCGGGCUACGAGCGUGGCGAGAACAAGUGGACCCUGAAUGGCCGGAAUACUGAGGACGCAUUGUAAAUACUGCUGAAGAGUAUCUCUGCCUUGGGGCCAAAUGUCAUAUCUACCUUGUUAUCAGGCCUCGCUCAAUCCACUGAGCAAAAUAUCAGGUCCAUGCUGACAUGCUUCGUAAGAUGUUCUAUAUGGAUGGUUAUCUAUUGGCUGAGGCUACUCGCACGCCAACUUGUGCUUUCGCACGACAGACUUCUAUUCUCGGAUAUGGUGGAUAAUAGGUACAUUGAGUACCUAGAUGUCUGGGCUUAUGAUGCCUACUAAGCUUUUUACAUUAGCUAUUAAAAAAGACCGUUCAAAAGACCUUUCAAAAGAC